UGGCUUUGAAACGUAUGUUGAACUUCAAUGUUCCUCCUGUUAAAAACAGCACAGGAGAACCAGUAUGGAAGGUUCUCAUUUAUGACAGAUUUGGCCAAGAUAUAAUCUCACCUUUGCUGUCAGUGAAAGAGUUGAGAGAUAUGGGAAUCACUUUGCAUCUGCUCUUACAUUCAGAUCGGGAUGCUAUUCCAGAUGUUCCAGCUGUUUACUUUGUAAUGCCAACAGAAGAAAAUAUUGACAGAAUCUGCCAGGAUCUUCGAAAUCAGCUGUAUGAAUCAUAUUAUUUAAACUUUAUUUCUGCCAUUUCAAGAAGUAAACUGGAAGAUAUUGCAAACGCUGCCAUAGGUGCUAAUGCAGUAGCACAAGUGGCUAAGGUAUUUGAUCAGUAUCUCAAUUUUAUUACUUUGGAAGAUGAUAUGUUUGUAUUGUGUAACCAAAACAAAGAGCUUGUUUCAUAUCGUGCCAUUAACAGACCAGAUAUAACAGACACUGAAAUGGAAACAAUAAUGGACACUAUUGUUGAUAGUCUCUUCUGUUUUUUUGUUACGCUUGGAGCUAUUCCUAUAAUCAGAUGCUCAAGAGGAACUGCAGCUGAAAUGGUGGCUGUGAAAUUAGAUAAGAAGCUCAGAGAGAAUCUAAGAGAUGCCAGAAACAGUCUAUUUACAGGUGACACACUUGGAGCUGGCCAGUUCAGCUUCCAAAGGCCCCUAUUAGUCCUUGUUGACAGAAACAUAGAUUUAGCAACUCCUCUACAUCAUACUUGGACAUACCAAGCUUUAGUGCAUGAUGUACUGGUAAGAAUAAACCUGAUCUUAUUACCAAAAAUAUUUUUUCAUUCAACGGAAAGUUCUCCAGCAGGUGCUAGACCUAAGAAAAAAAAUAAGAAGUCCUAUGACUUAACUGCAUCUGAUAAAUUUUGGCAAAAGCAUAAAGGCAGUCCUUUUCCAGAGGUAGCUGAGUCUGUUCAGCAAGAACUGGAGUCCUACAGAGCCCAGGAAGAUGAAGUCAAAAGACUUAAAAGUAUCAUGGGUAUAGAAGGAGAGGAUGAAGGAGCAAUAAGUAUGCUUUCUGAUAAUACAGCUAAGCUAACUUCAGCUGUUAGCUCUCUUCCAGAGCUACUGGAAAAGAAGAGGCUAAUUGAUCUCCAUACAAAUGUUGCAACUGCUGUUUUGGAGCAUAUAAAGACUCGAAAGCUGGAUGUGUAUUUUGAAUAUGAGGAAAAAAUAAUGAGCAAAUCUACUCUGGAUAAAUCUCUCCUGGACAUGAUUUCUGACCCAGAUGCAGGAACUCCAGAAGACAAAAUGAGAUUAUUUCUGAUCUAUUACAUAAGCUCAGCUCAGGCACCUUCAGAGGUUGAUUUGGAGCAGUAUAAAAAAGCAUUGAUGGAUGCAGGAUGUAAUCUUGCCCCUUUGAGCUACGUAAAACAAUGGAAGGCUUUCACUAAGAUGGCUUCAGCUCCAACCAGCUAUGGGAACACUACGCCUAAACCUUUGGGUCUAUUUUCACGUGUUAUGAAUACAGGAUCACAGUUUGUGAUGGAAGGAGUGAAGAAUUUGGUACUGAAACAACAAAAUCUACCAGUCACACGUAUAUUGGACAACCUUAUGGAGAUGAAGUCAAACCCUGAGACAGAUGACUACAGAUAUUUUGACCCUAAGAUGCUCCGAGGUAGCGACAGUUCAGUUCCAAGAAACAAAAAUCCAUUCCAGGAGGCAAUAGUAUUUGUAGUCGGAGGAGGCAACUAUAUUGAAUAUCAAAAUCUUGUUGACUACAUAAAGGGUAAACAAGGAAAACACGUGCUUUAUGGCUGCAGUGAACUCUUUAAUGCCACACAGUUUAUAAAACAAUUGUCCCAGCUUGGCCAGAAAUAAGACUGAAACACCAUUACCUGGAUGGCAGCAUGACAACAAAGAAUUGUUACAACACUCAGAUAUCUCCAUAUCUAUAAUUUUGUCAUUACAUUAAAACUUAAACCGUUCCAUUAAUUUGUUUCUUUUUUUAAAAAAGAUCUGUACUUAAUAUAGUGUAUAACAACAUUUCAGAAAUAAACCUUAAAACCUGCUAUGUUUUUGGUGGGGGUCAAUUUCACAUUACUACUUUCUAAAUGCCAUAUUAGCUAUGGCAUAUGACAGAGCUAUCUGCAACGUUUAGCAUUUUCAGGCUCUUGUAUAUAAUUUUUGUUAGAGUAAAUACAAGAGUUUGAAGACAAAGUCUAUUUUUAGGAGACAUGUUCUUAUUGAAAGGCAGGCUCUCUUUAUUUAACAAAAUGGCAAAGGACAACUGCAUUUUAGGACCACAGCUAAACAGUCUUAGCAUAAGAGUACUACUUCUGUUUGUUGCCUUUUUAAUAUUUAGCAAAGGCCUUAUACUUGUCUUUGGAUUUGUGCAGUCUUUAACUUUAUGGUCUGAAGUUGUACUUGAAGUCACUUCAAUACAAGUUUCUGAUACAGUAAUUUAGCGGUCUUCUCUAAGGUUGAGCAUCUGUAUUUGCCUGCCUGCCUACAUAGUCAGAGUUUCAACCUGUAAAAUUGUGAAAACUUUAAUACUUUUUUCUGCACUUUUUAUUGUAACUGCUUUAACUGUUAUAUUUGGGAAGAAACUAAGCCACACUCAUAGUACAGCUCUUAACUGUUUUAGAGCCAACAUUUAAAAUACACUUUUUACAAUUGCAUUAGGAAGAGCAGGUUUAGGUGUGGGCAGUACGUCAGCGAAUCUGCUGAUAUAAUUAAGUUUUCCCAGUAAUGAUAGCUCUGGAGAGUAUAUGUAUGGAAAUUUAGAAAAGACAACACAAUUACUUUAUAGGGCCUCUCUGCCUCUAGAAAUGUUCCCUCUGAGAAUUGCACUGCUACUGGUGAAGCAAUAAUAAUAACAGUGUAUUCAGAAUGAAGCCUAACACACUCAAAAAGUGAAAAGAAAACACUUAAUCCUUACUGUAUGCAAAGAAAACACUGUGUAUUAACGAACUGUGAAAUCAUAAGAAUUAUUGACUUAGUGUGAAUUUUUUACAAGUGUUUUUUGCUGUAUUCUUCAGAUUAUGUUUCAUGCUAUUUUUGCUUUACAGGCAGUAUUCUUUCCCCAGGUAGAAAUUUUUUAGAACAUCUAUACAAGAAGUGCAGCUGAUCUUUUCCUUAAAAUAGAAGUAUUGCAAUAAAAAUAUGCAUAAUCUAAACCAUGUUAUCCAAAAGUAAUAGUUAUUUAAUUUUCUCAGCAGCGUAAUGCAAGCCACUCUACACUACUGCUCUAAACUACUAACUUCACUAAUGCAAUAAAUGUAUUUAUUCUGAUGUUAAUCAUAGUUCUUGUAUGUGAGCACUCUCCAAUACUUCAGCCAGCUAGAGGUCUCGCUCUGUCAAAUGCGGUUCAUCAUUCCUCUAAUUCCUUAAUAAUAUAAUGUGCAUUAUAAUUACACGUGCACUGUUUGCUAAACAAGGUCAGAAAAGUGCAUUUGGAAAAGAAAAUGAGGUUUAAGGUGGUUCUUGUUUCCCGUUAGAGUUUGUUCCAGGAGUUUGAAAUAACCCCUGGAAAAUCAGUUAAAACAGAGCUUUAGCCUUGCAGCUGACACCCAAGUUCUGGCAAAUCUGUUGACUGCUUUUUUGUCUAGGACUCUCCGAUAUAACAGACCCAGGUAAUUUAUUAACUUCAGAGGAAAAAACUAGCAACUUGAAUUAGCAGUUUUCCAGUGUGACUAAGCACAGAGUUGUUCACCAGUCUGUCCGGCUGAUAGGUGUUUCUCGAUUCUACAGUCAAUCACGGAUGGCUGCUUCAUGCCUAGGUAAUAAUUGGGUUUUUUUCAGCCAGGAAAUGUCAAAAGUACAUAUACUGGACAGUACCUCUGUCCAAAAGGACAGAAUCAAUUUUCUUGACAAAGCCGUAGUACAACCCUACAGAUCUUAUCUAUGUGAGCGCAAGCAGUCUGGGAGCUAAAUCACAACUUACAGAAUUUGCUCAUUCAGGUCUGUGACUGUAAACUGCCAGCCAACAGGACUAUGCUAUUUAUUUAGAUUAUUCAAAUAUCUGUUCAUAAACAACUCAGUCAAACAUGUUCUUACUCACAUUCCCCUUGUGAAAGCACGUACCUGGUGAGUGACAGCCAUAGCUGGUACACGCAGAAGCCCAUCUCGCGCAGCAGCCUGUCUGCAGCACUGGCCAACAUCAGCUCUCUCUGGCAGGUAACAGGAAUGGCACAAGACUAUUGCUCGGAAUUGCUCGCUUCACUUGACAUAUAUAGCAAUAAGGUACCUGAAAAUAAAAUCAUAUGACAGUUGCAGUAUCAACUGCUUCUUUUGAUAGACAGGUGAGAUACAUGCUUUUAUACAGCUUUUACUUGUUCCAUCUUCCUUUGCUCAUUAAAAAUACCAGAAAUUAAUUUAGUUGAAAACUUAAUUUGCAGCCUUUAUAUUGCAUCUGGAGGCAGGUUUAAUUUGUGUCCAGAUUUAUACCUGGUUCUUCAGGUUUGUUGUGUGAACAUGC